GAAAGAUCCACCGAAGAUUUUUCUCCUCACUCUCCUCGACCUCACAGCUCUCCGUCUCCCGAUCUCCUCUGCCAGCAGCGCAGAUUUACAGACACAAGCUAGCACACAGCAAGCUCAGAGCACCUCGCUGGUCUAAGUGAUCCUUCUCAAGGAUCAUUUGGAUGGCCUUCUUCCUCCUCCUCCUGUGCAUCCUCAUUUCUGUGGCCAUCGUGUCCUACGCCCACCACGUAAUCCGGCGGCAACGCCGGGGCCCGCAGGGCAGCGCUCGUGGCCGCCAUGAGAAAGCCGCCCUCAAGCUGCCCCCUGGCUCCAUGGGCCUGCCUUACAUCGGCGAGACCCUCCAGCUCUACUCCCAGGACCCCAGCGUCUUCCUCUCCUCCAAGCAGAAGCGGUACGGCGAGAUCUUCAAGACGCACCUCCUCGGCUGCCCGUGCGUGAUGCUGGCGAGCCCGGAGGCGGCGCGCUUCGUGCUGGUGUCGCGGGCGCACCUCUUCAAGCCGACGUACCCGCGGAGCAAGGAGCGCCUCAUCGGCCCCUCGGCGCUCUUCUUCCACCAGGGCGACUACCACCUCCGCCUCCGCAGGCUCGUCCAGGGCCCGCUCGGCCCCGAGGCCCUGCGCAAGCUCGUGCCGGACAUCGAGGACGCCGUGCGGUCCACGCUCGCGGCCUGGGCGGACGGCGACGCCGCCAGCACUUUCCACGCCAUGAAGAGGCUCUCGUUCGACGUCGGCAUCGUGACGAUCUUCGGCGGGCGGCUGGACGAGCGGCGGAAGGAGGAGCUGAGGCGGAACUACGCCGUCGUGGAGAAAGGCUACAACUCCUUCCCCAACGGCUUCCCCGGGACGCUAUACUACAAGGCGAUCCAGGCGAGGCGGCGGCUGAACGGCGUGCUGAGCGACAUCCUGCACGAGCGGAGGGAGCGUGGGGAGCCCGGCGACGACCUGCUCGGCUGCCUCAUGCGGUCACGGGCAGGCGGCGGCGACGACGACGACGAGGAGGAGGGCGCGCUGCUGACGGACGAGCAGGUCGCCGACAACGUCAUCGGCGUGCUGUUCGCGGCGCAGGACACGACGGCCAGCGUGCUCACCUGGAUCGUCAAGUACCUCCACGACCGGCCGAAGCUGCUGGAGGCCGUCCGGGCGGAGCACGCGGCGAUCCACGAGGCCAACGACGGCGGGAGGCGGCCGCUGACAUGGGCGCAGACGAGGAGCAUGACGCUGACGCACAGGGUGAUUUUGGAGAGCCUGAGGAUGGCGAGCAUCAUCUCCUUCACGUUCAGGGAGGCCGUGGCCGACGUGGAGUACAAAGGGUUUCUUAUCCCCAAGGGGUGGAAGGUGAUGCCGCUAUUCAGGAACAUCCAUCACAGCCCGGACUACUUCCAGGAUCCACAGAAGUUCGACCCUUCGAGAUUCAAGGUGGCGCCGCGGCCGAGCACCUUCACGCCGUUCGGGAGCGGGGUGCACGCGUGCCCCGGGAACGAGCUGGCCAAGCUCGAGAUGCUGGUGCUCAUCCACCACCUCGUCACCGGCUACAGGUGCGUGCCCCCCUCUCCACACAGAUCCUCGAUAUAUCGCCGUUUGUCCGUGCGGACAGGAACGUCCCAUGGCUGGCUGGUGCAGUGGCGCCAAUUCACCGGGCCACCCUUCGCCUGGCGCCCAGUUCCACGGCACGCAUACUCCAACCAUGCACCGAUCGUGUCAUGUCAUGCCAUGAAAGCCCGGGUGGUCCAUGGCUGCCCGCCCUGCCUUGCACGUAGAGGCGCCUGCCUAUGAGCUGUGCUGCCACUGAUCACUCGCUGCCAUGGCGACAGCUGUGGAGUUGUACGUGUGCUAGAUUUAGGUAGGAAUGGGGGUGAUGAUUGAUGCGUGUUGGUGCUUGGUUUUUGCAGGUGGGAGGUUGUUGGAUCGAGCGACGACGUCGAGUACAGCCCAUUCCCUGUUCCCCGCCAUGGCCUACUCGCCAGGUUACGGCGGGAUGACAGCGUCUGCGUGGGUAGGAAGGGGUGCCCGACUGAUGACGACUACGACGACGAAGACGAAGUGAUAGUGUGAUUAGUCAACGUAGAUAGCUAGAGGGCUCUUUUCUCCCUUUUUGUUGUUGUUGCUAUUGUUGUGGCAUUCUUCUCUAUGAAAAUCAUUAGAGAAGAAACAACAGCAUGUUACUACUUUUUAGGAGGACGAUGAUCAUGUACCAUAGUGCUUAUGUUGUCAAUGAUGUAUUGUCAUUGAUACGCACAUAAAAUGACGCUUCCUUUUUUUCGAAA